AUGCGCGGCUUCUGCCUCGCGUUCGGGUCUACGAUGGUGGCCGCGCUCGGGGCGUCGCUGAAUGGCCGCUUGUUAAACAAGGGGCCCUUCAGCAACGCGGGGCCCGAGAAGAUCAUGCAGCUGACGAUGCUUCAGACCGUGCCCGCCUUCUUUAUCUGCAGCUUCGUCGCCACCGUCGUCGAGGGCGCGGAGCUCUCGAGGCUGCUGUCGGAGCCAGACGCCAGGUGGUCGCCCCUGCAGAGGUUGGGCUUGGUCUCCAUCUCGAGCAUGCUCGCGCUGAUGGCGAACCUAGGCCGCUGCGGCCUCGUGGCCGCCACCAGCGCCCUCAUGGAGACCCUCGCGGGCAACUUCAAGGUGGCGCUGCUCUGCCUCAUCGACCACUGGCUGUUUCAUACUUCCUUGCAUUUCCACAAUUACGUAGGUGUCUUCUGCACGUUCCUGGGCUUCUCCGGCCACGUGCUCCUGUCGUACGCGCUCGCCCUCAUCCAGAAGGCCAACGGCGACGAGGAGGAGGAGGAAGACGACGGCGAGCUGCCGGCGAUCCCCGAGGAGGCCAGUAUGCGAGCUGUCGAGGGUGUUCCCGGCAAGGAGUCCUCCGACGACACCGGGCGGCCGCGGGCAGCCUCGACGACCUCGAGCAGAG